AUGAUGGCUAAGAAGCCCCCAAAACCAGCCCCUCGCAGGAUCUUCCAAGAAAGGUCAAAGAUUACUGCUCUACCCUUGUACUUUGAAGGUUUUUUAUUAGUCAAGCGGUCAGAAUACCAGGAUUAUAAACAUUACUGGACAGAGCUGAGAGGAACUACACUUUUCUUUUAUACCGACAAAAAAAGUCCAACAUAUGUUGACAAGUUAGACAUAAUAGACCUCACAUGCCUUACUGACCAGAAUUCAACUGAAAAGAAUUGUGCAAAAUUCACCCUUGUUUUGCCAAAAGAGGAAGUGCAAUUGAAGACAGAGAACACAGAAAGUGGGGAAGAAUGGAGAGGCUUCAUUCUCACAAUAACAGAGCUGUCAGUUCCCCUACAUGGGUCACUCCUUCCUGGGCAAGUGAUUAGACUGCAUGAAGUCCUAGAGAGAGAAAAGAAAAGGAGGAUUGAGACAGAGCGGACAUCGAGUUCAUUUCCAGAAAAAGGGAAGGAACCAAUUGAAGAUUAUGUGGAUGUAUUGAACCCUAUGCCAGCAUGUUUUUAUACAGUAUCCCGGAAAGAAGCAACAGAGAUGCUUGAGACGAACCCUUCCUUGGGAAAUAUGAUCCUGAGGCCUGGUAGUGACAGCAGAAACUAUUCUAUCACCAUCCGGCAGGAGACAGCCCUGCCAAGAAUCAAGCACUACAAAGUGAUGAGUGUAGGAAAAAACUACACGAUUGAAUUGGAAAAACCUGUAACACUCCCAAAUCUUUUCAGCGUCAUCGAUUAUUUCGUGAAGGAGACUCGAGGAAAUUUACGACCAUUUAUAUAUUCAACUGAUGAAACCCUUGGCCAAGAACCCACCACAGAAGGGAGAAGAGAGAGGUUGAAGAAAAAUCUACAUAUUGCAUAA